UAUAAGCACGAGCAGAAAUGAUGGGUUCUCAUCAAACAGCAGCUGACAGCGAAGACAACACUCACUAAUGGACGCCUUAAGAGUUCAGUCUGUUAACCUGGAGCAUGCACAGAACCAGAGGCAGCACAACACUGAAGGGUUGAACUCUGCUUCUCUGGUAGUGAGGAGAGGACAGCCCUUUAAACUCACCGUGGCCUUCAAUAGACGUUACAUUCCAAACAGAGAUGGCCUCAUACUCAGAGUGGAGCUAGAUCGCCUCUAUAAUGACAUUCCCAUCACAUUCUCCAGAGACCCAUCCCAGUGGAGUGCAUAUUUCCAGCAAGGCUCACUAGACUCCACUAAGGCCUCAUUGUGUGUGUGCAGCCCUGCAAAUGCACCUGUGGGGGUCUACCAGCUCCAGAUGAUGUCACCCUCUGGGCCAUACAAUUUCAGGGUGGGUCAGUUCACCCUGCUCUGCAACCCAUGGUGCUCAGCGGACUCUGUCUAUAUAGCUGAUGAGAGCCAGAGGGAAGAGUAUGUGAAGAACGACUUUGGCCUGCUGUAUCAGGGCACAGCCAAAAACGUCAUCUUCAGACCCUGGAGCUUUGACCAGUACGAGAAUGGCAUCCUGGACAUCUGCAUGAUGCUGCUGCAGGUGAGCCCUGAACACAAGAGAAACUGGAGGACUGAUAAUAGUAAUCGCUCCGACCCCAUCUACAUCAGCAGAGUGGUAUCAGCUAUGAUCAACAGUAAUGACGACUGCGGCGUGCUGCAAGGCAACUGGUCAGAAGACUACAGUGGUGGUGUCAACCCUUCAGAUUGGAAUGGAAGUGGGGAGAUUCUGAGGCAGUGGGCCCAGUCUCGUUGUAGUCCAGUCAAAUAUGGACAGUGCUGGGUCUUUGCUGGUGUUAUGUGCACAGUGAUGAGGGUCCUUGGCAUCCCAACUCGCGUGGUCACAAACUUUGACUCGGCUCAUGACACUAAUGGGAACUUGGUGGUUGAGGAGUUUUACACUGAGACUGGGGAAAAACUGCCACGUGGUCAAGACUCCAUCUGGAACUUCCACGUGUGGGUGGAGUGCUGGAUGAAGAGGGCAGAUCUGAGAGCAGGAUUUGAUGGCUGGCAGGUGCUUGACCCCACUCCACAGGAGAGAAGUGAAGGAGUGUACAGAUGUGGACCUGCCCCAGUGAAAGCAAUUCGGGAGAAGCGAAUGGACAUGCCCUUCGACAUCCCCUUCAUCUAUGCUGAAGUUAACGCUGAUGUGUAUGUGUGCAUUGUGCAACAGGGGAAAGUGUUGAGCUGCAGCAUAGACACAGACAAAGUGGGAUCACUCAUCUGCACCAAGAGCCUGGGCUCCAACCGCCCACAGGACAUCACCUCCACCUACAAAUACACCACAGCUAUACAGCCUGUCACAUCCAACAGUACAAUGGCUGCACCAACUCUAGCAAACACCAGCAGAUCACCUGACGGUUUGUCUGUGAAGCUGAGAUUUCUUAAAGCCCCCGUGAUUGGCGGAAACAUCUCCUUCUCUGUCACUGUCACUAACUUGGAGAGUACCUGGAAAACAGUGAGGCAACAUGUGAAUGCUCAGGCAAAGAGCUAUAACCGCAGCCCAUCUGAUACCUUUUGGGAGGCUCAUAACACCAUUCAGCUUGCUCCUCAUGAAAGUAAAGUACUGGAGCACCAGAUCUCCUACAGACAGUAUGCAAUGCUGGGAAAUAGGCAGCUAGUCAACCUGGCUGUGGUUGUAAUGGAUGUGGCCUCUCAGAAGCGAGUACUGGCUUCUGAAGAGUUCAACCUCACCAGCCCCACCAUCAGCAUACAGAUUGAAGAUGAGGGCUCUGUUGUUGCCCAGAAAGUCCAGGUUGCUAUGGUGACAUUCACCAAUCCAUUCUCAGAGCCAGUGAGUGGAGUGUUGACCAUGGCCGGUGCAGGCCUUCUGGAAGACAAAGUGUUUUUCAAUAUUGCGCUUCAGGUUGGAGAGAGCAUGCAGACUGCAGUCAAAUUCACUCCAAAGAUGGCAGGAGUAAAGAUGCUGCACGCCAAUCUGAGGCUGAAUAACAAUCCUGCUGUUAUCCGUGGCUUCAGAACCAUCACAGUCCGAGCAGCCUGAUCAUAAAAUUAUGAGCCAUUCAUUAUACUUGAACUGUAACUGUAUCUGCAGCACUUGCAAACUUUACUUUAAAUUAUUUUCUACACUGAUUGUUCCAUCCAUGUAAAAGUAAUGUGGCCAAAAUGUGACAUAUUUAAACAUUAGUUAUGAAAGAUGUGCUACCACUACAGAGUAUGCUUUCUAUUUAUAUU